AUGGCCAAUCUCAGUGAAGGAGGUCCUCUGGUCGUAUUUGGUUUCAUAACUUUACCACAGAAAUACGAAGUCGAAAAAGAUGUCGCCAUGAGUUUUGUAGCUUUAAUGUCUUUCGUUGCUAUCAUUGCGAAUGGCAUUUUAUUACUUGUGAUUAUCAAAGACCCGUUUAAACAAUUGCGAACCAUUACAGCCAUUUUGCUGGCAUUUAACUCAGCGACCAAUUUAGGCAGUUCCCUGGUGUUAUUUCUUGACAAUGUGUUUUAUUGGUUUCAUGGAAAACUUUCACCAGAAUUGAUCAUAUACUUCUGUUCAUUUACUACGUGUCUGUACAUCAUUGGUAACUUGUUACACACAAUGAAUACAUAUGGUGCGAUUGUUGUUGCUGUCCGUUAUGCUAUAUUGGCACCCAAAGUGCGGAGGUAUUUGGUACAAUCUUUGAUUUUAACUUGGGUGGUAAUUCUAUUAGUGGUCAUCAUUCCUCCUUAUACUUUACCAAAGGACAAAGUACCCAUUUAUGUAAAAGGUAUAUUAACACUGAUAUGUGUUCUGCUAGCUUUGUUGGCGAUCACGUUUGGUUGCAUUUAUACCAAAAUAUUUCAAACGUUAUACGCACGUAAACAAAGACUUUCACUAUCCUUUCAUCUCAAACGUUCAACAGUUCGAGGUCGAGAAAUAAACAAGAACAAUCAUAAUGUCGUCAAGACAUUAUUUGUACAUGUUUUGUUCUUUAUGAUAGCUACAGCUCCUGGCAGUCUUAUCGUUCUAGUUUUCCUGCAUUGUGCAACAUGUGAUCCUGUCAAACUUCAACUUGCAGCCCUCUUCACCAUUCCAAUUAUAUAUUCUCCAAUGGUGUUCUUACCGCUUCUCUGGCUGUUCAGGCUGAAGCAAUACAAAAAAGCUAUGAUUAAAACACUCUGUUUUUGGCGAAGUGACAUUUUUAUGCGAAGAAGAUCCAAAACUUUGAACAUUCAGGGGAGCACAUUAAACCUGGAGCACAUGUACCGGUCAGCAUCAGAAAGCUGUACAAAAGAGCUGGAAAUUGUAUCUGUGGCUGUAUGA